AUGGUGUUUUCCAACAUGGUUUUGUUCCCCAUCUUGUUUUUACUCUCUUCCAUCUUCUCCAUUCAAUCAACUGCACAAACACAAACUCUAGGUUUCCGAUGCACAAACACCACCUCCACCACCACCUGCAACUCACUCGUCGACUACAGACUCCCAAACACCACCUCCAUCUCUUUCAUCCUCAAACUCUUCGAAAUCAAAAACCUCCGCUCAUUCCUCGCCGCAAACAACCUCCCAAUCACCACCCCACAAACCCAAACCUUCCCCGCCUCCCAAAUCCUCAAAAUCCCCUUCCCCUGCGCCUGCCGUAACGGCGUCGGAAUCUCCGACCACCGUCCGAUAUACACCGUGCUUCCUGAAGACGGUCUAGACCAUAUCGCCGCCGAUGUUUUUUCUAACAUCGUGACGUACCCGCAGAUCCAGUCUGUUAAUAAUAUAUCUGAUCCGAAUAAUAUAUUGAAUGGUCAGAAGCUGUGGAUUCCAUUGCCGUGUAGCUGCGAUGAGGUUGAUGGGGAGACGGUGGUGCAUUAUGGAUACAUGGUGGCCGUCGGCGACACGGCGAGUGGGAUUGCGUUACAGUUUAAUACGACAGAGAGCACGUUGUUGUAUUUGAAUGGGACGAAUAGUUCUCUAGACUUGAUAGCUGAUACUAUUAUUGACGUUCCUGUUAAAGUUUGCACAUCUAUGGUACAAAAUAACUCUUCUGACUACCCUUUAAUCGUCCCAAAUGGUACUUAUACUCUUACGGCUAACAAUUGUGUCCAAUGCGAAUGCAAUGCUGCAAAUAGUAGGAUAUUAGAAUGCAAGCCAUCAACGAUUAUUUUGCCACAAGGGCAAACUUAUGUUCGUAUGCCGGUUACACAAAUCGCACCAUCUUUACUACUGUUACUCACGAGUCUACAUGUCCAAGUAGUCCAUCAGGCGGAAAUUACAUCCCUAUGGGAAAUGGAUCAAAAAGUUUAA